AUGGAAACGGUCUUCCUACAGGCACCUGCAAUGCGCAGACAGAAUGCCCCAUUGCCGCAUGCUGCGGUACGAACGGAUUGUGUGGCUAUUCGCCUUCGGAAUGUGGCCAAGGAAACUUACGGAGUAGCUGGAAAGCAGAACUGCCCUUUGAACGUGUGUUGCUCUAAGUUUGGGUUCUGCGGUUCAACCGAUGACUUUUGCGCUGUAAGUGCUGGGUGCCAACAGGGCUUCGGCGGCUGUGGACCACCAAAACGGCCUUCAUGUGGAGGUGGCACAAGUGCAAAUAAGCGUACAGUUGGCUACUAUGAGGCAUGGUCCAAUACGCGCAAAUGCUCCAGUGUCGCUCCUGAAGAUUUAAACCUCAAUGGUUUCACGCAUAUAAAUUUUGCGUUCGCCUUCUUUGAUCCAUCAUCAUUCCAGAUUGCUCCAAUGGACGGCAAGACUGGGGCGCUAUACAACCGAUUCACUGGCCUGAAGAAUACCAAUCAAGGUCUCAAAACAUACAUCUCCGUUGGUGGCUGGUCGUUUACUGACCCUGGCCCUACGAGGACCGCCUUCAGCACUAUGGCUAGUUCUAGUGGAAACCGAGCCAAGUUCGUCAGCGAUCUGAUGAGCUUCAUGAACGAAUACGGUUUCGAUGGUGUAGAUCUUGACUGGGAGUAUCCCCAAGCCGAUGACCGCGGAGGUGCUGAGGGUGACAAGGCCAAUUAUGUAGCGCUUGUGGCACAGAUGCGCGCCGCUUUCGGGUCAAAGUAUGGCAUAACGGUGACGCUGCCUACUUCGUAUUGGUAUCUGCAGCACUUCGACCUCAAGGGUUUGCAGCCCAAUGUCGAUUGGUUCAAUCUGAUGAGCUACGACUUGCAUGGCAUCUGGGAUGCACAGUCUAAAGCGAUAGGUCCCUAUAUUGCACCACACACCAAUAUCACCGAAAUAGACCUUGGCUUGGAUCUGCUAUGGCGAGCUGGCGUGGAUUCAAAAAACGUCGUGCUCGGCCAAGGUUGGUACGGGCGAAGCUUUACGCUCAAGGACUCGUCCUGUAACACCCCGAACGGAAUCUGCCAGUUCAGUGGUGGCGCCAAUCCUGGGACUUGUUCAAAUGCAGCUGGUAUCCUAAACCUCCAAGAGAUCAAGGACAUCGUGUCCAAAAACAACCUCAAGCCAACCUGGGAUAAGGUAGCCGGCGUUAAGUGGAUCGGCUGGGACAGUAAUCAAUGGGUCAGCUACGACGACGAUGACACUUUCCAGCAAAAGCGUGAUUUCGCAAACGAGCGCUGCCUUGGAGGGACCAUGGUGUGGGCUAUGGAUCAGGUCGACCAAAAGGCAGACAACGGUCUUGCGCCGGCUCCAGGCGUGACGACUUCGGACCAGGAAGAUGCGAAACAAAAGACUGGAGAUUUGGCAGCUGGAAUCUCGUGCUACACCACUGACUGCAAUGUACCUUGCAUGAAGAGCACAAAUCAAGUAGCGCAGAUGAAUGGGCAACCGGGCCAGCUGUCUACAAACGACCGCUGCGCAAAGGGACAGUACCGCAAUUUAUGCUGCGCGAGCGGGACCACCAUGGGGAAAUGUCAAUGGAGAGGCUAUCGCGGUGUCGGUCUCUCGUGCAUGGGUGGUUGCGCCGACGGUGAAACGGAAAUAGUAAAAGACACCAACAACCAUGUCAAAAAGAAGGAUCAAGACUGCAACGGUGGUCUUCAAAGCUUUUGUUGCAAAGGAUUCAAACCAGCUCCGAAUGUCGGGGACCUUGGCAAGAUGGCGGCCGACGCUGCGAAGGCGGCAGCGGCGGCAGCUGCUGAGCAAGCCGCGUUGGACGUUGCCGCGAAGGCGUUCUGCCGGGUCGCUGUACCCGCGCUCCUAGCACCACUUGAAUUGCUUGAAGAUCUGAUUCCCAUAGUGGGAGAGAUUCUCGACAUUGCCGAGAUCGCUGCGACGCCAGCAUUGAUCCAGGCGUGUGUGAAAGGCGUGGAGAAAGAAGGUAAGGCUGAGUUCAAGGUGUUUGGCAAAAAGCACACUAUUUCCAUGAACAGCGCAAAGCCCAGCGAGACGCGAGCUCCCGAGUCCAAGCACACAUCUGCAAGCACAAGCCGCGACAGCUGGACGAGUUGUUCGUCCAAAGCCGCACCUCGAGCUGAUGAGCCGCGGCCGAAGCGUCAAUGCCGUAGAAAGGAGAAACAUGUCAUUCGAACAACAGCCAUACAAGAUGUUGAUACAAACACCAAGCCCGUAGUGCUGGACUGCGUAAAUAAUCCACAGCCAUGUCUGCAUUACAGAUCGGUCAUUCGACACAACCAGGCCACAGCUUAUGACGUCAAUACUUGCCCAUAUCUGGGUACAGUUGCAGGACGGGGUCCCGAUCUAGCAGCCAAAACAGACUGGGAAGCCCAACACCCGAAAAACAAAUGGCGCUUGGCGGUGUCUGACGGGGGGUUGAUACCCAAUCGAAGACAGGGCCAUGAGCUGAAAGGCUGCGAAGCCGACGAGUGGCCACCGUACAUAUUGUACCACGAGGUUGAUGGUUACAACAGAGUUAUUGAUCCAGCCUUCGCCGCCCGUCGUGCCCCAAUCAACAAACCGCAAUUCAUACGAUAUCUCGAUGGAGUCGAGAAUGGCAAAGUCGGUAAUAACUGGCGUUGCAAGGAGAUUCCACAGCGCCAUAGCACAAACUCCGUCACGCACUCGAUCGUAGGAAACGAUGAGACGACGACCUUCUUCACUGACUGGACUGGCGUAUACACACGAACCGCAUACCGUAUCGACCCUGUUGUAGUAGAUGCAAAUAAUGAUGACGGCAUUGGCGCAAACGAUUGCUAUCCGAGAGGUGUCAACAACGACAACCGAUACCAGGGCUACGCGUUACUUAACGAUGACCCAUGGUACGGAGACAAGCAAUAUCAAGCUAGGUAUUUAAGGGACCCCGUCAAUGCAAAGCGCAGCUGGCUUGAUCCGGAGGACAUCGUUUUUGUGGCAGACAAUUCGAGCCGCAGGAUCACCGAUAAGGAGUACGAAGAGCUACAGCAGAGGUUGGGCUUGGAAAAUUGUUCCAGUGGCGACUGCGAUGACGAUGAUGCGAUGGAAGGCCCUGUCCUAAUUCCUACAACGCUGACAGCAGAGGUGAUGCAGCCUACGGGGACUGUUCCAAUGCCGCAGGAUAGCGCCGGUGACGCUAAGCUACCACGAGAAACCUACAGCUUUUGA